AUGUCCUUCCUCGCAACCUCCAGUCGUCUCGCUCUCGGUCGCUCAGCCACACGUGCAGCCUCGCAGCGUCUGGCCCUCCUACCCAAGCUCGCAGCCUCGGCCACUGCCACCCAACUACCCCGAUUCAGUGCCACCCCUUCCUCUUCCCACCCUUUCACCACCUCCCUCACCCGCCUCGGCUCAGGAACAACAGACGUAGAGCUUGCCUCUCGUCUAGCCCAAGAACUCACCUACGAGCAAGAGACCCAAGCUUCCUCUGCCUCUUCCUCUUCAGACGCAGGCGAACCCGAUUUUCUGCGAGACUUCAAAUCCACGGGGAUUUGGAGUAUCCAGGAUAUUGCUGGGUCCGAUGAGAUUGCACUAGAGCGAGACUUUGGAAACGAGAGGAUCAAGGUGCUGUUCAGCAUUGGAGAUAUUGACACCAAUGACCCAAGCGAAUUUGAGGAUGCUGAGGAGGGUGAGGCAGCGCAAGAGGAGGGCAAGGAGGACGAUGAGUCUCCUGCUUUCCCCGUGAGAUGUGCCAUUUCCAUCACAAAGGCCAACAAGGGCGCCCUCACCAUCGACGCCCAAGCCGACUCUGGCGUAUUCCGCAUCGAGAACAUCUCCUUUUACAAGGACUCCAAGCUAGCCACUGAGCUCACCGCCGAAGCAGAUUGGAAACGACGUGGACUCUACAUUGGACCUCAAUUUCCCACAUUGGACGAUAGUCUUCAGGCACAGUUUGAGACUUAUCUCGAGGAGAGGGGAAUUGGAGAGCAUUUGGCACUCUUUGUGCCGCUCUUUGCAGAGUACAAGGAGCAGAAGGAGUACUGCCACUGGCUGGGCAAUGUCAGGGACUUUGUCGAGGCUUGA